AUGUUGAUCCCAUCCCACUCGAAUCUCGGUCGGCGCGGCGGCCAGGCUGGGCUCGCUUCAGCUGCCGAAUUGAGCCCCGACCCGUGGCACAAGAGCACGGCCGCGUCGAGGGCGCAUGUGCUGCAUCAAGGCGGCAGCGGCGGCGGCGGCCCUCGAACCUCGCUCGCUGCCUCCCUCCCUGUCUCUCUCCGCAAACAGCUAGCAAAGGAUCGACGCUUUGCACCGCUGCCCUGGCGGCGCCCCAGCUCGAAUCGCGCUCGAAUCGCCGCCCGCCAUCCACUCGCUCGCUUCCAACCUCGCUCCGUUCCUCUUUUCCCCUCCCUUCUCCCUCCCUCCAUCCUCCCUCCAUCCAUCGGUCUUGCUUUCCCUGUCGUUGCACGCUCAGGCCGGCGUCAUCGACUGUCUCGACAUCCAUCCGCAUACCAUCAUCUUGGAAACGGCCACAUGUCUUCCGGCUUCAUCGACUACAGCAGGCGUCGUCGCGCCUCCGGGCCCGCUUCGGAAACCAGCAGGGAUGCUGCCUCUCAGCGCGGAGGCGCAGACCCCUUCGACGAACAAGACGCCCGUCCCCGCGAUCAUCUAGAUACAGACACGGAGGCAGAGUCCGCCGCCGUCGCACAGCCCGCACAGCCCGCACCGCGCCAACAGGGCCCCUUUGACGAUGCCUCCGACAUGGAAUCCGCCCACCAGCAGCCUCGCUCCCGCCCCGCACGCGUCGAGAUCAUGGGCGACCCCGGCUCACGCCCUUACCCGCAUCGCGACGAGCCCGCCUUCUUCGACCCCACCUUCCCCAACUACCAGGACGAGGCGCCGCUCGAAAUGCCCUUCUUCGACCACGUCGUCGCAGACUACGGCAACUACGGCACCUUCCAGCGCCUCCGUCUCAACUUCCGCCAGAUGAUCUCCUUCUUCGCCUCCACCACCGCACUCGGCUCCGUCCUCUUCGUCGCCUACUUCGCCUACUUCAACCCCUUCAAAAAGUCGCCCCCCAAGGCAAAGACGGACCGCGAGUACGAGCGCAGGAUCACCGGCGAGCGCGGCUCCGGUAGACCCGCCUACUACGCCGAGUUCUGGGGCUACCAGUGCGACGAACACGAGAUCGUCACCGAGGGCGGCUGGAUCCUCAAGGCCCACCGCAUCUCGGACCCGCGUCGAGGCGGCGCCGUCGGCCACCCCGUCGUCCUCCAGCACGGCAUCCUCUGCAACUCUUCCCACUUUAUCGUCAACGAGGAACGCUCCAUGGCAUUCUGGCUCGUAGACCAGGGCUUCGACGUCUGGAUCACCAACAUCCGCUCCAACUUCAAGGCCGGCCACACCGAGUACACCCGCUCCGACCCAAGAUUCUGGGCCUGGGGUCUCAAGGAGCUCGCCUUCGAUCUGCGCGACGUCGUCGACUACAUCACCGCCGCCACCGGUCGCCCUCAGCUCGCCUACGUCGGCCACUCCCAGGGCUCCGGCUCCAUGUACCUCGCCCUCAGCCCCGGUAUCUGCCCCGAGAUCGGCGACAAGCUCAGCUGCUUUGUCGCUCUCGGCCCCUCCGUCUAUGCUGGCUCCGUACUGCGCAAGUUCCCCUUCUCCCUCCUCCGUCAGUUCCGCUCGCGCAAGUGGUGGGGUCUCGUCUUUGGCGUGCGCGAGUUCAUGCCCGCCAUCGGCUUCGCCCAGGAGUUCCUGCCCGCCUUCUGGUUUGGCCACAUCGCCUACGUCAUCUUUGCCUUCCUCUUUGGCUUCCACGACCACAACUGGGUCUCGCGCCAGAAGCCCAAGAUCUUCCGCACGGUGCCCGUGCCCACCUCGUCCGAGCUGCUCUACUGGUACAUGUCCGGCUUCUCCCACCGAGGCUGCAUCUUUGACCCCAGGAUCACAGAGCCUUGGUUCCCGCGCACCUUCCCGCCCCACUCCAUCUUUUACGGCGACAUCGACUUCCUCGUGCUUGGCAAGCCGCUCGUACAGAGAAUCCAGCGCUACGAGAGGAACGUCGAGAUGAUCCACACCGUCGAGCUCCAGAACUACGAGCAUCUCGAUAUGAUCUUUGGCGUCGACGCUUUCAGGACCGUCUUCCCUGGCAUCAAGGACACCAUCCUGCAGACCAUCGAUCCCGAGGAUCUCGCACCCGAAAUGUCGGAGCGAGGCGGUCGUUACUAG